AAUAAGAGCCUGAUGGAGCGUUACGAGUCUCUGGGUCCAGUCGGGGAGGGCAGUUACGGCAUCGUUCUAAAGUGCCGCCAUCGAGACUCGGGUCGCCUCGUCGCCAUCAAGAAGUUCCUGGACUCGGACCAGGAUAAGACGGUGAAGAAGAUCGCCCUCAGGGAAGUCAAGCUGCUCAGGCAACUCCGUCACGACAACCUGGUGAACCUCCUGGAGGUGUGGAAGCGUCGUCACCGCUGGUACUUGGUCUUUGAGUUUGUGGAUCGGACUCUUCUGGAGGAUCUGGAACAGAACCCCAAUGGACUGGACCUCAGCACCUGCCGGACAUACCUGUUCCAAGUCCUGAGGGCGGUGGAUUUUUGUCACCAACAAAACGUAAUCCACAGAGACAUCAAACCUGAGAAUAUUCUCAUCUCUCGGGACAGUGUGGUCAAGCUGUGUGAUUUUGGUUUUGCACGAACCAUUUUGUCACCCUCUGAAGGAGGUGUCUACACAGACUAUGUAGCUACUCGAUGGUACAGAGCGCCUGAACUGCUGGUGGGAGAUAUCAAAUAUGGCAAACCAGUAGAUGUUUGGGCUCUGGGUUGCCUGGUAAUAGAAAUGUUAACAGGACAGCCUCUGUUUCCCGGAGACUCUGACCUCGACCAAAUAUUCCACAUCGUCAGGUGACCUGAUGACUCAUCACCAGGAGGUAUUUUACAGAAAUCCAGUUUUUUCUGGAGUCAAUCUACCAGAAUGUUCGAGCACCAUCUCACU